AUGUUGAGUAUCACUCGCACAGCCCUACUGGGUCCCAGCCGUACCCUGGCGCGUACGCGUAUGAUGUCCACAGCUACUACCUCAGCAGGGCAAAUAAGGAGUGUUCGAUACUCGGCACUUGCAGCAACAGCCAUUGCAGGUGCAGGUGCGUUGUAUUAUGCACAAAACCCGGCGGUAAUGCAUGCCAAAGAGCAGGAGAAGCCGAAGGUGGAUAUGAACUAUAAGUACGUUAUUGUGGGUGCAGGUGUGGCUGCUAAGUCCUGCCUCAAGACACUCAAUGAAAUGCAUCCGGAUCCCAUGGGCGAGGAUGAGAAGAAAGCCGGCAGCUACGACGGCAAG